UAUUUGUGGUGAUAUCCUCUCUACGUUAGCGGGUUUGUUUUUGUGUAUUAUACCGUUAAAUUACCAUUUCCCAGAUUCCACAUUCCUGCAAUGCUGAGUCGUCUUCGGCCGUCUAAAAAUAGGAACCAAUCUAUCUCUACAUUGGCGGGGGGCAAUUCAUGCAGUGGCCAGUGGUAGCUUGGGAAGUCAAAGCAAAGAUAAGAGGUAGAUUAGGUAUUAUUACAAUUCCGACUGCUGCAUGCAACCUGUUGGCCAUGAUCGUUUUCGGCUAUGCGUUCUCCCCGGUCUUCUCUGUCAAUGGCAUUUCGUUGCAAUGUUUCGGAUGUUUGGUGGUGAAUCCGUCUGUGCCCCUGAUUUGCGACUGGACCAAGUUUCGCGUGCAGCAGAAGUACUGAGUGGACAAGCUAGUGGGAAAAAAAGAUGGAGACAACGAGAUGAGCAAGAAGAUAGUAAAGCAC